AUGGACAAGUUGGUGGAGCAUAUUCACAGCGAUCACAUCGAAAGCCGGCAGAAGAAAUACACGUGCGAAUGGACCGGAUGCAGUAGAGCAGCAGGGGCAUGCCAGCGGUUACGCCUUGAAAGCCCACAUGCGAAGCCAUACCAGGGAGAAGCCUUUCUACUGUUAUCUACCAGGUUUACAGAAUGCGAUAGAUCAUUCACGAGAUCAGAUGCUCUCGCUAAGCACAUGCGAACCGUCCACGAGACAGAGGCCUUGCGUCCCUCCGAUCCUGGAAAGCUCAAGAUCAUCAUCAAGACUCCUCAAUCACACGCUGCGGGACACGAUGAUGCCAUCGAUGACGGAGCUGACGACGACGAGCUCUCUGCCGACCUGUUUACUCCCUUGACUGAAGAUCAAGGCUUCACUUCUGAAGAGCUCAAGAUCCCCCUCGAGAGGCUGUACAAGCUCUGUAGAUUCCAGGUCAAGUGGGCGCAAGAGGAGUCGGUCAAGCUGGCGGAAGAGGUCAAGUACUGGGAGAAGCAGUACAAGGACCUGUGGCGCGAGAAGGAGGUUCUCUUCUCCCAGGUUGUCAAGAGUGAGGUCGACUGGCAUGAACGCAGGCAGGCAGUCCUUUCUGGCGCAGCAGAUGUCCAGCUUUCGGGCGUGCUAGAGAGCCAAGAAGGUACCCAAACAACCGCCAACGGAGGAGGUGCAGACUCCCAGGAAAGCAAGGCCGAAGAGACUCUGGCAAAUGGAGCCAAAUCCACCGAAGUAGCGGCAGCUAGUUAG